CUUAGGCCUACCUUCUGAUCUGGUGGACAGAUCAGAGAGGCACAUUUCCCAGAACUGGGAAGUGGAGCUAAGUGAUUCUGCAAGAAGCAUUCGGGGAAGGAGCUAUGGAGAACGGAGGGGCAGGCACUCUGUGGAUAAGGCAAGUCCUGCUUCUCUUUGUUUUGCCGGGAAUGUCUCAGGUGGGCUCCGAGCCGGGGCGCUUUUUGGUGGCUGAGGAAAUGCAGAGCGGAAGCUUUGUAGGCAAUUUGGCGAAGGACCUGGGUCUGGAGGUGGGUGAGCUGUCUGCGCGGGGAGCUCGGGUGGUCUCUAAUGAUAACAAACAGCGUUUGCGGUUGGACACAAAUACUGGGGAUUUGCUGUUAAGCGAAAUGCUAGACCGGGAGGAGCUCUGCGGCUCCGCCGAGCCUUGUGUGCUAUAUUUCCAGGUGUUAAUGAAUAAUCCCAUGCAGUUUUUACAGAUUGAACUUGAGAUCAGGGAUAUAAAUGACCACUCUCCUGUAUUCUUGGAAAAAGAAAUGCUCUUAGAAAUCCCAGAGAAUAGUCCUGCUGGUGCUGUCUUCUUGCUAGAAAGUGCAAAGGAUUUAGAUGUAGGUGUCAAUGCUGUAAAAAGCUACACAAUAAGCCCCAACUCUCAUUUCCACAUUAAAAUGAGAGUCAAUCCAGACAAUAGGAAAUACCCAGAGUUAAUUCUGGACAAGGCUCUGGAUUAUGAAGAGCAGCCCGAGCUCAGUUUCCUCCUCACUGCUGUGGACGGUGGGUCCCCUCCCAGGUCUGGGACUGCCUUGGUUCGGGUGGUGGUCGUGGACACUAAUGACAACACCCCCGAGUUUGAGCAGACGUUUUAUGAGGUGAAUAUUCCAGAAAAUAGUGUCGUUGGCUCACUAGUUGUCACCGUCUCAGCUUGGGAUUUAGACUCCGGAAUAAAUGGGGAAAUAUCAUAUACCUUUUCCCAUGCCUCAGAAGAUAUUCGCAAGACAUUUGAAAUUAAUCAAAAGUCAGGGGAAGUUAGUUUAAAAGCAUCCUUGGAUUUUGAAGCAAUUGAUUCAUACUCAAUAAUCAUUCAAGCCACAGAUGGGGGAGGACUUUUUGGAAAAUCAACAAUCAGAAUUCAGGUGAUGGACGUGAAUGACAAUGCUCCUGAAAUAGCCGUGUCAUCAAUUACCACCCCAAUCCCAGAAAAUUGGCCUGAAACUGUUGUUAUGGUUUUUAGUAUCCGAGACAAAGACUCUGGGGAAAAUGGAAGGAUGGUUUGCUCUAUCCCGGAAGACCUCCCAUUCCUGCUAAAAUCUUCAGUUGAGAAUUACUACACGUUGGAAACGGAGAGCCCACUAGACAGAGAGAGCCGAGCUGAGUACAACAUCACCAUCACCGUCACUGACUUGGGGACACCCAGUCUGAAAACAGAGCACAGCAUAACCGUGCUGGUCUCCGACAUCAACGACAACGCCCCCGCCUUCACCCAAACCUCCUACACCCUGUUCGUCCCAGAGAACAACAGCCCCGCCCUGCACAUCGGCAGCGUCAGCGCCACAGACAGGGACUCAGGCACCAACGCCCAGGUCACCUACUCGCUGCUGCCGCCCCAGGACCCGCACCUGCCCCUCGCCUCCCUGGUGUCCAUCAACGCGGACAACGGGCACCUGUUCGCCCUGAGGUCGCUGGACUACGAGGCCCUGCGGGCGUUCGAGUUCCGCGUGGGCGCCACAGACCGAGGCGCCCCCGCGCUGAGCAGCGAGGCGCUGGUGCGCGUGGUGGUGGUGGACGACAACGACAACUCGCCCUUCGUGCUGUACCCGCUGCAGAACGGCUCUGCGCCCUGCACCGAGCUGGUGCCCAGGGCGGCCGAGGCCGGCUACCUGGUGACCAAGGGGGUGGCGGUGGACGGCGACUCGGGCCAGAACGCCUGGCUGUCGUUCCAGCUGCUCAAGGCCACGGAGCCCGGGCUGUUCGCCGUGUGGGCGCACAACGGCGAGGUGCGCACCGCCAGGCCGCUGAGCGAGCGCGACGCGGCCAAGCACAGGCUCGUGGUGCUGGUGAAGGACAAUGGCGAGCGUCCGCUGUCUGCCAGCGUCACGCUGCACGUGCUCCUGGUGGAUGGCUUCUCCCAGCCCUACCUGCCGCUCCCGGAAGCGGCCGCGGACCAGGCCCAGGCCGACUCGCUCACCGUCUACUUGGUCAUCGCCUUGGCCUCGGUGUCCUCGCUCUUCCUCUUCUCGGUGCUGCUGUUCGUGGCGGUGCGGCUGUGCAGGAGGGACAGGGGGGGUCGCUUCUCGAUGCCUGAGGGCCAUUUUCCGGGCCACCUGGUAGACGUCAGCGGCACCGGGACCCUGUCCCAGAGCUACCAGUAUGAGAUAUGUCUAACCGGAGGCUCCAGAACAAAUGAGUUCAAGUUUCUGAAACCAGUUAUCCCCAACCUCCCGCCCCAGUGCCAUGGGAAAGAAAUAGAGGAAAAUCCUAGCUUCCCCAAUAGCUUUGAGUUCAAUAUUCAGUGACCGUAAUUAACUUUUAUAUUACAUAUGUAUAUAAUUUUGUGGCACUUCCAAACCAAUGUUUAUUUCCAAUUUGUGUGUAUUUAAAAUUGUAGUGAUUUACUUUCAUAUUUUCUCAUAUUCUUUCCU